AUGGAUGGAGUUAGUCCUAAAACUAUUAUCACUGAUCAAGACACUUCUAUUUCUAAUGCAGUUGCAAAGGUUUUUCUAGAGGUGAAUCAUCAUUAUUGUAUGUGGCAUAUUGAGAAGAAAGUUCCAGAGUACUUGAACCAAAUCUAUCAUCAACAUAGCGAGUUUAAAAAUCAAUUUCACAAGUGCAUUCACCAAACUAUCACUUCUUAUGACUUUGAUUCUGAUUGGGGAGCAAUGAUAGAUAAGUACGAGUUGCAAGAUAACAAAUGGCUAAAGAAGAUCUACUCCAUUCGAGAAAAAUGGGUUCCUUCUUAUGUACGUCAGAGUUUUUGUGCUGGAAUGUCCACCACCCAAAGGAGUGAAAGUAUGAAUAAAUUUUUUAAGGGCUUUUUGAAUUCAAGUACUCCAUUGAGCAAGUUUGUGAUACAGUAUGAGAAGACUCUUGACACACGUUAUAACAAGGAAAGAGAGAAGAAUGUCAAGACAAGGAAUUCAAAACCACUUCUACGUACUUUAUAUCCCAUGGAAGAAGAGGCUUCAAAAAUUUAUACAAGAAAAGUGUUCAGGAUAUUUCAGGAUGAGUUGGUUGGGUCCCAAAUAUUUAUCGCAGAGAAAGUUAAGUUUUUUGAUGAAGUUUCCACAUACAAGAUUCAUGAAAUUUACAAAGAAAAACCUAACUAUCAUGUGACUUUUCAGAUCAUUUCAAAAGAAGCAAAAUGUAGUUGUCGCAUGUUUGAGUUUGUGGGAAUUCUCUGUAGACAUGUAUUAAAUGUAUUCAUAAAGGAAAAUGUCUAUUCUCUCCCUUCUUAA